AAAAUUUUUCAUGAAGCAUGAAGAGUUUUUCACUGAGUUUCUUGCGGUUAUAUUGUGGCUGCAAAUCCUCUCACCAUCUGAAUUUAAUAUCAAGUAUUGGGAUGAGCGGUUACAGUGUUUGUUAAGACUGUGUAAAUUGGCCUUUCCUUAUAUAUCCCCACAAAAAAAUGACGACAUUGCAAAAAUCUCGAAAGGAUUCGAGAAUAUUUUUUUAUGUUUUGGGAACAAAACAAAAAUCCCUCAGAAGUUGAAUAUUUUUUCUUACGACCCUCUUUAUGUCCUUUUGGACAUCAAGCUUAUAAAUAAAGAAAAUGAAGAAGCAAUUCUAGACAGUUGGAAUGUUUUUGACGUGGAUGUUGUGCAUCAGACAAUUUCACAGUUCCUCAUCUCAUAUAUCUACAAGCUUAUUUCGAAAAUCGAUCAGGAUGGUAGAGCUAAUCCGAAUAUAGCUUCAUUAAUCUGCUUUAAUUAUGCUUCAUCGAGUAUUUCAAAUUACCGAAUGCAUUACGUAACUUCGACAUCAUUACUUCUGUUCCAGCGUCUGAAACUUGCAAGACUUCAAUACACUGUGAUGCGACAGUUGAAUGUAUUAUUUCGUCAUGGACUUCUUAAUGUAGAAAGAAAAGCAUUCCUUGCUUCACAAAAAUGGUGGGCUGAAAAUCUGGUUAAAUGUCAUAUGCGCUAUCAAUCACCGCAUACAAGAUGCCCAGAAGUUACUUCCAUGGCUCUUGCCAAACUUCCUAUUCGCAUUCGUGAUGACCUUAUAAAUGAAGCUUACAAGACAUGGUUAGCUAAGAAGUCCAAGAAUGAGGUUAUGGUCAAAUGUAUGUUUGUUAUACGGCGGCUGCGGGAAAUAAGCUUUAUUGACGAGUUUUAUCAGGAGAUAUCGAAAUCGAAAAUAUUUUCACACCCUAACAACCUUCCCGGAAAUUAUAAAGUGGUUCCAGUUGGAAGACAUAUCGCGCAAUUUUUCUUAUUUCUUUAUUAUACUAAUAAAGUGAUUCCCGCAAUCAUAAGAUCAAGAGCUUUUAUUAAUUAUGCCAUAAAAAAUAUUAACAAGUCAAUCUGGCUUCAUCCAAUGCUUUUGGAGAUCUUACUUCUCUCAUGGGAUUUGAAACCUCUUUGA